AGUGUGGCAGUAUUAUGUACUCAGUGUCCAGUCUAGAACCUCUUUCUGGUUGUGUGCGCUUCUGCCAUCUUUAGAGAACUCAAGUUUCCUGUAACUCGUACGCAGGUGCGGCUGAUGACAGUGACAGUGACAGUGACAUAACCGGGACAGUGAACAGUGAUCACGCGUCACGCGUCACGCAGGUGUCAAUCUUGGAAUCUUCGCUCGGCGUAGUCCGCAGUCUGCAGCAGAGUGAAACAUGGCUAUACUUCUCAUCCUCGGCCUGGCCGUCCUGGCGGUCCUUCGUCCUUCAACGUCCAGUGAUCCAGACCCGACGAUACCAACGCAUGUGAACCUCGUGUUCAUGGGAUUCGAGAAUGCUGUGGCUUACAAGCAGAUGAUGGAUGGUGUUCCGAAUAUGUACAACGACUUAGAAGCGUACAAGAAGGGAUUUGAAGAGUUCAAGACCAGUGGGACGAUCACGCAAGCCGUCGGGACGGAAGACUCUAACUUCAGGAAGUUCCAGAAGUUCAUCACCAGGUACAGCCGCAUGUACAACAACUUGGAAGAGUUUGAGAUUCGCUACGGCCUGUUCUCAAAUAUAGCGAACAAGUUCAAGAACUACAACUACGGGGAUGAUUUGGUUGGCAUUAACCUUCUCUCCGACAGAACACUUUCAGAGAAGAGAGCGUUCUUUGGAUGAAGAUUAAGAAGUACUAAAUAUUUGCUCUGGUUUUGAUUAAAUCAUUCAUGGUGUA